AUGAUUUUACUACUCCUUGCUUUUCUAUAUUCUGCAGCUCCUGUCUCGACAAAAUCGUUGCUUCACUUCUACGGACCCUCGGAUCUGGGUGUAAUCCAUGAUGAUCGACCUACGGUCCCACCACGAUCGCAAGUGAAAACAACCACGAAAACUUCGAUCGAUGAAGUUGUUGCGCUAAAUUUACCUCAAACUUUGAACAAAGACCCUAUAGUAAAGCCUAAGGAUGAGAUCAGUAAAAGUGCCGAGGAAAGGAAGCUACCGAUCUUACGCGCGGAGACGGAAGCGGAAGCGGUAAAACCCGCGGUACAACCGCAAACCAAUUAUGUGUUAAUGGGCUCAACCAAUCAACAGGUGGAGCCGCAGCGGCAAAUUCUGCACGCGGCAGAAGUGCUAGAUGUCGGUGGUCAUUCGGAGCGAGACCGACAACAACCACAAAGCGAUGCUGUACUACGUAACUCACUAACCCAUGUCGAGAUGAUACCGACCGAUGUGGUGCCAGUAGUAAUUACGACAACUGCCACUUCACUACCGACAGCUGACGCUAUGAUAUUACCCACACCUUUGACUACUUCUUACGAAAUGCUGGAUACAAAAGCGCCGAAUCUUUCGAAAGAAGUUGAAGAGAAGAGACAUGAAAUGGAUGUGGACGAGUUACCCAAGGCUAAAAUGUUCAGCGUCAAGGAUGCACUUCCAAAUGUGGCGAAAGAUGAACUUCUUGCACUGGAUAAGGAAGAAAUGGCCAAAGUGGUAGUGACUUCGCCUGAACCUCUAACUACGGUACCUCCACUGGAACAGAAGUCAAAAGAAGACGAGGAGGAUGUGGAAGUUUUACCUGACUUCGACGAGAAAGGAGAUGUGGAAUUGGAAUUUCAUGACGAAUCUGAUGUAAGCACCACCUCUACUACGCCUCCAACAAUUCCGGAAAUUCUAACGUCGCCAGAACUCCCGCAGCCGAGCACGACCGUUACCGCUACUGCACAAGAUCUGUUCGUAGCACCUACUGAUAUCAGCGAAAAGGACUAUCUUAGUGAAGAUGACGUCUACAAUCUUCUUAUGUUCGUCAUAUCUCUCCUACCUGAUGUUGAAGAACAGCCUAGCACUUGGUCGAAAAUCAUUGCUGGUCUGCAGUGUGCCCUGAGAGAUUGCCGUCGAGCAUUCCCAUAUCUUACUACGGUUCCUACGCCUGUUGGAAAUGGAACAUUCAUUAUCAGACGAGCACGAGGUUCAGAGUGCAUAUGCACCAUCGAUAGAUUACAGCUCGAGGAUGAGAAAUUCUGAACAAAUGGAACUUGAUCAGCGGAAUACGUGUUGCAAAACAGGGUAUAUGUAGAAAUGUAGAUGAAGUUGCCAAUGUGAUUCGAUACAUAUGAGGUAUACAUAAAUAUGUUUUUUAGUCGUGCAUUUUCAGUUUCAAUGAGAAAACCUUUAUUAAAUAAAUAUUAUUGAUCG